AUGAUUUCUUUCUUUUCUGCAAUCCCCAUAGUGGUCUUAAUUCUUGGGCUCUAUUUUAUCCAUAGAGCCUGUACACCUCCUAAAGAAUUAAAACUCAUUCCAACUGUACCUAUAUAUAAGUUUGCAUGGGCUGUAUUAUUCAACAAAGGACAACAUGAAAUUCAGCGCGUUAUUAGUGAAUCAGAUCCAGAAAAAUUCGGAUUAGUGAAAAUUUUCCUUUUUUCAGGAUGGUCAGUUUUAAUAACUAACAUUGAAUAUGCCAGAGUAUUUUUCUCUGAGAAUGCACAAGCACCAGAUGGCCACCCAAUAAAAAGGUUCUUUGGAAAAGGAAUAUCUUUUGCGAACGGAGAAGAUCGAAUACGGCAACGAAAAAUGGCAACGCCGGCAUUUAACAAAUCUCUUAGCCCUGAGAUGAUUGGAGAAUGUACCAAUGAACUUAUAACUCUGUUAAAUAAAUGGAACGAUGUUCCAUUAGACAUAUUUACAUUAAUGAAACGCAUUACUGUUCAAACAUUGGGAAAAUUGGCUUUCUCGUAUGAUAUGAAAGCAUUAGACAGUCUGGAGGAGGAACCAUAUUUCAUAAAAACUUAUGAAAAAGUUACAGAACUUAUUCAAAAUCCUAUUUACAUGAUAUUAAAAUUUACUUAUAAACUUCCAUUAAAAGUAAAUCUUGAACUCUCUCAAGUAAUUGAAGAGUUUGAUCGACUUAUAUAUAAAGUCAUUGAACAACGAAAACUUGACAUAGCUAAAGAAAAAAAAAGUGAAGAUCAUAAAGAUUUAUUGGCUAAUAUGUUAGAAAAUAUUGGCAAUGAAAAUUUUGAACAUAAUGUGAAAGAUCUUAGAGAUGAGUUAACUGCAAUUUUUUCUGCUGGGCAUAAUACAUUCGCGUUGAGUGCCGUUUUCUAUAACUUGGCAAAAUAUCCUAAAAUUCAAAAAAAAGCAAGAGAAGAAGCAUUUAAAGUCUUAGGAGAUUCCUCUAAAAUACCAAAUUCGGAAAAUGUUAAGGAUCUAAAAUAUAUCAAAGCAAUAGUUAAAGAAUCACUUCGUCUUUAUCCAGCAGUAGUAAUGUUACCAUUCCGUAAAGUUUUAAAACCCGUAAGAUUUAAUCAAGACGUUGUAAUACCAGAAAGAACGAGUCUUUCGUUGAAUAUCUGGCAAGUUCAUAAAAAUUCUGAUCUUUGGAGCGAUGAGUUUAAGCCUGAAAGAUUUAUGAAUCAAGACGAUAAAGAAAAUUGGAUUCCUUUCUCUAGUGGACAUAGAAAUUGCAUUGGACAAAAUUUUUCAAUAAUGGAACAAAUAGUUAUUACUGCAAUGAUACUACUUAAUUUUGAGCUAUCUUUGCCCCCGAAUGGUCAAAAGUUUGAUAAAAUGCCGUUAAAAAGUUCUUUUUAUACCCUAAAUCCUAAAGAUAUAAAUAUUAUAUUUUCUAAAUUAAAAACGAUUGUAGAAAUUUAA